ACCUAUAUAUCUUGCCUGAGCUGCCUCUCCUGUGACCAGUUUUAGUUGUGCUCUCUCACUCAGCUGCAGCUACCUGAGCACAGUAGGGCCAGGUUGUAUUUGUUAAACAGGAAUUCGAGCUCUUGUCUCUAGUGGUUCCUGCUCUGGGAUACUCCCACAGAUGGGGAGGACCAAUUACCUCACGGUGUAGAAACUCAGCCUCCUAGGCACUACUGUUCCGGAAGGAAAUCAGGAUUUGCCUUCCAGGGCUAGAUUGUUGACUCACUCAGACAGGUCCGACUGCAUUCCUGCAGGGGCAGGGCUGGCGUUAGCUUUCAAGAGACUGGGUAUCUCCAGACCAAACUGAUUGGCAUCAUGAAAAAAGGGCGGCUGGGUUUUUAUAGGUCCGGCUAGAGGCUGAUAUAACCAAUCUGCGGGUAGCUCAGGGAUUAUCUCGGAGAAUACAGGCUUCCCACCGUGUCUGCAGGGAGGAUGGAACACUGCCUGUUUCCUUACCAGCCUGGUUCCCUGGGAGAACACCAAGACUGGGGAUGGCCAGGAGCUAUCCGGGUGACCUGCAUGGGUUCCUGUGGGGUCUCCACCAAGGCCAACGAUGGGGCCUGGGUGGUGGAGGAGAGCUACUUCAACAGCUCCCUGUCACUGGCUGACAAGGGAAGUCUGCCGGCUGGAGAGCACAACUUCCCUUUUCAGUUCCUGCUUCCUGCCACAGCACCCACAUCUUUUGAGGGACCCUUUGGGAAGAUUGUACACCAGGUGAGGGCGUCCAUCGACACUCCACGUUUUUCCAAGGAUCACAAAUGUAGCCUCGUGUUCUACAUCCUGAGCCCCUUGAACCUGAACAGCAUCCCAGAUAUUGAGCAACCCAAUGUAGCCUCCACUACCAAGAAGUUCUCCUAUAAGCUGGUGAAGACUGGCAAUGUGGUUCUCACAGCUAGCACUGACCUUCGUGGCUAUGUGGUGGGACAGGUGCUGCGGCUGCAGGCUGACAUUGAGAACCAGUCAGGCAAGGACACCAGCCCUGUGGUGGCCAGCUUGUUACAGAAGGUAUCCUAUAAGGCCAAGCGCUGGAUCUAUGAUGUGCGGACCAUUGCAGAGGUGGAGGGUACAGGUGUCAAGGCCUGGAGGCGUGCUCAGUGGCAAGAACAGAUCCUGGUGCCUGCCCUGCCCCAGUCAGCCCUGCCUGGCUGCAGCCUUAUCCAUAUCGACUAUUACCUUCAGGUCUCCAUGAAGGCACCUGAGGCCACCGUGACUCUCCCAUUAUUUGUUGGCAAUAUUGCUGUGAACCAAACUCCACUGAGUCCCUGUCCAGGCUCAGAGUCUUCUCCUGGGACCUUAUCCCUAGUGGUGCCCUCUGCACCACCCCAGGAAGAGGCUGAGGCAGUGGCUAGUGGCCCUCACUUCUCAGACCCAGUUUCUCUCUCCACCAAGAGCCACUCUCAGCAGCAGCCACUGUCGGCUCCUUUGGGUUCUGUGUCUGUCACCACCACUGAGCCCUGGGUUCAGGUUGGAAGCCCUGCUAGACAUUCUCUGCACCCUCCCUUGUGCAUCUCUAUAGGUGCCACUGUCCCCUACUUUGCAGAAGGCUCUGCGGGCCCAGUACCCACCACCAGCGCCUUGAUCCUCCCUCCAGAGUACAGUUCAUGGGGCUACCCCUAUGAUCCUUCUUUCUCCCCACAGAGGCCCCGCCGUCCUAUGAGCAGAGCUGUGGUGCUGCUGGUACUGACCUUGGCCUGAUCCCAGGAAGCUGACCCUGGUGUGCUAACCCAUACCACCUUGUUCGGUGGUUCUGGCCUUUGCCUUGGCAUGGAAUGCCCAGGGCCUCGUGCCUUUGCUCUCUACCUGGCUCAGCUACUCAGGACCUGCAGCUGUCGGGAUGACCCCUUGUGGACCAGCCACUCCUGGCUCCUCGGAAUUAAUCAGUCCUCUUCUUAAGAGGUUGGGGUAGGGCGGCAGAGAUCUGGGCCUGGAGAGACUGUAUAAAUAAAGCGCUUUAUUUGUAGA